AUGGAGCCCUCUCAGCACAUUCAGCGCUUGCGGUUCCUCUCCGUCUCUCCGACGAGCUCCGCGGCGGGUCUAUCCACCCAUGGCCUCGAGCUGAUACGCUCCUUUGACUCUCCCGCACCCGAGACCUUUGAGCGCCCGCACCUUGUCGGCGCAUUGUCGGCCAGCACAUCUCACUGCGCCACGCUCCAGCGGACCGAGGCAUGCACUUUUCGCGCAGGAGUGCUUCGCAGACACGCGCUGAUAGGAGCGGUCAACGCAACCGCCACCUUUGAAGGCGUCGUUGUGACGAGCCAAGGAGACGUCAUUGGCACCCUCGCGGCUCACGCUCUCACCCACAAGGAUGCGGUUCGGCUCUUUCCAAACACAGUCCCGUGCGACCCCGGCCCGCUCGUCCGCGGAUGCGUCGAAUUGACCACUUUGCUGUCAGUAGAUUCACCGAGGCUGCCUGCACCGACCCUCCUGCCGUUUGCCCAAGCAGCGUGGAAAAAGUGGCCUCAAGUUUCUGGAUCCAAUGCAGUGGAGCGCCUCAACCUGUACGACGAGCUGCAGCACUUUGCCCCGCGACUGGCGGCCGCCUGCCCAUGGAGCGCGCGGCAGGUGGAGGUAGAUGACCUGGUCAUACCUCAGGGAACUUUCGCCCUCAACCACUUUCACUUUUUGGCCGAACAGCUGCCCAACAUCAUACUGGCCGCCCACGCAACAGCUGGCUACGGGGAUCGGCUCCUCCUAUAUGAUCAGUCCUCAAUCCAGCGCCUCGCCAUUGCCGCGCUGCACCUCGAGGACCGCUCGAUCGCGUUCGACCCUUGCUGCGUCUACCGCGCCGCCCGCCUCAAGCUUCUCGUCAGCACGGGCUUCCCGCUCCCCGCGAGCGCGGCGCACCUCAGCGUCCGCCGGCUCCUCCUUCCGUCGCGGCAAGUGCCAGUGCUCUCCUUUCGGAGGCCCGACGAGCCUUUGCGCUGCUUCGCGGCGGCGCCAGGCGGGGACUGUACAUCGCUCGACCGGUUUGCCAUCCUGCUGGACCGCUCAGACCGCAGUGCACAGGCCUCCUUUGCCAGCUCCCGCAUCCUAGCAGACACAGAAACGCACGCAACUUCGAUCGCGGCGUCGCUUCAUCGCGAGGGAAAGUUGCAACUGCUGCUCUUGCGGGCCGCCCUGCUGCCGGCCGCGGAGCAGGUGUGGAUCUUCUCGAAGGCGCACGUUCUGCUCGGGGCGCACGGCGCCGGACUCACGAACCUCGUCUUCAUGUCCCGCCAGUCAGCCGUCCUCGAGCUGCUGCCAACCAGGGCACGCUUCAACAACCAUAUCGCGCCUUGCGUCGUGGGACGUUCGAGGGGCGAGAUGAACGUGUGUGGCAAGUCGCAAUGCGGGUUCAGCCACUUUUGGGCGCUUGCUGCGGAGGUGGGCGUGGCUCACUACGCGCUUCCCAUCGCGGACGCCGCGUGGGGAGACCGAAUCGCUGUGGGCCGCGAGGCUCUCGACGCCGCGGUAAUUGGCAUCGUGCGCUCGCACGGGGGCAGCGAUUGGGACAGCAUGGUGGCGGCGGCCCAUGCGCUGUCUAUGCUGCGUGCGGUUCAGGCGUGGCCCUCAACAGCACUCUCCGGCGCCCGCAUGCUGGACGGGAAUGCGAGGUGGAAGAACGUGGAUCUGCGUGGUGAUUUGAUUGCAUGGGUGCCACUCGAACCAAGCACGGGAUUAGUGGCGCGGGUCGCGGCGCUUCAUGCGACAAUGGGCUGGGACAAGCUGCGCUUGGCGCUGCGACUUGUCGUUGAGGCGCUGAACGCGGCGGCAGGCUCUGGCGGCGAAGCGUUGAGGCUCCCCGACCGAAUCAUGCUCUCGCGCUAUCCAGCUGGCGCACGCUACAGCCAACACUCGGAUGUGUCGCCCGCUGCACCGAACCGGCGAGUGACAGCGAUCCUCUACCUCAAUAAUGGUUGGGAGAGUGACCACGGAGGCGAGCUUGUCCUGCACCCUCCCGAUGGCCCCCAGCAUCGAAUCGCGCCCCGACUCGGCCGCCUCCUCCUCUUCAAUUCGACGUUAGGGCCGGGGAGCUAA